UCCUUUUCGUCAAGGCCACCAAUUGCCCCAAAGCUCUGCAGGAAUUCAAAUGGUCCUCAUUACAACUGCAUCUUAUGAGAGAGCAUACAAAGAAAUAAAGCAAGAUUCUGUUGAGGGGAAUUGCAUCAUUUUUAUUGCUUCUGAUGUCGAUUCAAUUUGUGCUUGCAAAAUCUUCCAGGCUCUUCUGAAGGGUGACAUGAUUCAACACAAGAUUGUUCCUGUCUCUGGUUAUAGAGACCUUGAGAUUGCCAACGACAAACUUGUUAAGCGAGACAACGACCUUCGAUCAAUUGUUAUGAUAAAUUGCGGAGGCUCAGUUGAGUUGAGUCACUUUUUCAAAGAUACACCCGGCGUAAAAAUCUAUGUUUUUGACAGCCAUCGACCAUUUAAUCUUGACAACCUUACAAAUACAGACAAGAGACUAUUUGUUUUUGAUGAGGAUGAUGAUGAAAGAAAAAUGCGCAAAAUGAUCGAAGCACAUAAAGCAAACCAGGAUAUGGGAGAAAGCGACGAAAUGUCGAGUAAUCCGGAGUUCUCGGACGAAGAUGAGCACGGCAGAGAAUCAAGUAAUAGACCUCGACAGAGACGACGAUACAACGACGAAGUGGUUCAUUCACGAUCAAAGCGUCGUGCAUUACGGAGGCAACAAACACAGAUGCUGUCAGAGUAUUACGCUUCUGGCAUUUAUUAUGCUAAUUCUGUUGCGGGUGUAAUGUAUUCACUUGCCACAAUACUUUCUAAAACAAACAAUGAGCUGCUAUGGCUGGCGAUUACUGGCGUGACAGCGCAGUACGUAUUCGAACGUAUCGACACAAAAAAGUACUUGGAUAAAGUGCAGAUAUUCACCGAAGAUGUCUCACGGUUUGAUGUCGGACUUGGUGAGAACACUUCACAAUCAGCACUGGAGAAUAGAAUUCAUAUUGAAGAGGAAUAUCGAUUCAUGCUUUUCCGACAUUGGAGUUUGUAUGAUAGCAUGUUUCAUUCUGGUUAUGUGGCUAGUAAGAUGGGUGUGUGGCGAGAAUAUGGUCAGACCCGCUUAAAAAAUAUGUUUGCCAGAAUGGGAUUCUCAUUAACGCAAUGUCAGCAAGUAUAUAACCAUAUGGACAUGGAACUUAAAGAGACUCUUCGAGAAAAACUUGAAACAGUAGCACCUAUUUACGGCCUUACAGAUAUUUGUUUUCCAAGUUUUUUGAGAGAUUAUGGGUACAAACAACAGUUGUCAGCUAGUGAUGUAGUAUAUUCUCUUGCUGCACUUUUAGAAACAAGUCCAGCUGCUGCUCAGCACCUCGAUAAAACAGAAAGUACGAAUAAUACCGAAGAGAAUUGGCGAGAAUUAGAUGAAAUUGCACCUGAGUGUGUGGAUGGACUAGCGAGCGUAAGACGGAAGUGGUGGUUAGGUAACUUUUAUGCGGCUUUCGAUUCUCUGGGAAGUCCGGACGCUAUACAACGCGGAAUCUCACUUUGUAUGAAAACACAAAGGGCAGUUGUAAGGCAAGGCAUGACUGUACUUGCAAAGAAGCCUCCGACUUUCAACAAUUUUCGAAUGGUUACUAUCGGAAAAGGAGAAGACCUUCCUAUAUUUCAACAUCCACUUACUGUAUCCAAACUAGCAUUAUUCUUAACCGAUGCUUAUCGCGAACAAGGCAAAAGAAAUUUACCUUUGGUGAUUGCAUCUUUGGACGAAGAAAACGAUUCAUACCUUAUAGUAUCAAGUACAGGCGCAAACACAUUCGGCGACACUCGUAAAAAUCCCUUUGCCAUUGCAUUCCAAGACACAGCUUUAAAAACAAAAGCAAGGGCCUCAUUCGACAGCUUUGAGGCAUCCAUCCUUCAAAUCCACAAGAGCGAUUUAGAGAUCUUCUUAGAGAAUUUGUAUGGUCCAUCUUAAUAAAUACAACAUUCGCAUUCAUUCCUAAAAU